AUGGCGAUAACUCAGAAUGUCAGCCCUCAGGGUGCUCUGCCAAAGAAUCCUACAGAGCCAUGUAAGGCAGUCACUUUGAGGAAUGGUAGAGAACUUGGGGAGGUGCCAAGUUCUGAACUUGUUCUGAACAAAAGAGCAGAUGUUGAACUUGUUCCCGCCAAGAGAACUGAAAUAGAGCAGAAAGUUGCUGAACAACCACCGACCGUACCACUACCGUUUCCACAAAGACUUCAGAAGCAGAAGGCAGAUUUGACUUGUAAGAAAUUUCUUGAGAUUCAGAAACAGGUACACAUCUAUAUUCCGUUGAUGGAGCUUUUGCAAGAAGUUAUAAAAUAUGCUAAGUACAUCAAGGAUGUUGUUGCAAAUAAGAGGCGUUUGACAGAGUUUGAAACGGUUGCACUUAUUGAGGAGUGCAGCUCUAAAGUAAGAAGCAAGAUUCCUUCAAAGCUGAAAGAUCCAGGCAAUUUCACUAUUUCAAUCACCAUUGGUAACGUUGAGGUUGGGCCAGCAUUGUGUGAUUUGGGUGCUAGUAUUAAUCUGAUGCCCACCUCUGUGUUCCGAACGUUAAGGCUGGGUGAGCCAAGGCCAACAACAAUCAAUUUACCAUUAUCGGAUAGAUCUCUAGCAUAUCCCGAUGGCAUAAUUGAAGAUGUUCUUGUUAAAUUGGGUCCAUUCAUUCUGCCAGUUGAUUUCAUGAAUCUUACCUACUGUUGA